AUGGCAACUGUCUUAUCUAUCCGCCAUGGCGGAGGAGAAUCGGAUCCAACCGAAGUGAUCAAUACUCGAUAUGCUUGGGUCCUGCUGGUUUCCCUUGCCGGAUUAUUUACUUUUUGCGCGCUUUUCAAAUUCUGGUUUGGUUCGCAGAAAGGUCAGCAAAGCAAAUUCAUGGCAAGAAUAAAAAAGCAUCUCAUCUAUGCUCCUCUGAUCCGGUCUGGUCAGACCGAGUUCCGGCUGUCGUCUGCGUCAGUUAUAUUUACAAUACCAACACGCCUACAGGCUUGUAUCAUUUUUACCGCAGUAGUACUAAACAUAGUACUACUUGUGACCCAUAUCGCCUGGGAUUCUGCCGAAAAGUCCUUGUUCUCGCUUGUCAGAAACCGAGCUGGAACAUUAGCGACUGCAAACCUGAUUCCGCUAGUCCUUCUAGCUGGUCGACACAACCCCAUAUCAAGCAUUUUUGGGAUAAGCUUUAGUGCUGUUAAUAUUUUCCAUCGCUGGCUUGGUCGUAUCGUGGUUUUGGAAGCAGUUGUACAUGCUGCUAUGUGGCUAGCUAGUAAAUCUUCAACAUCUGGAUGGAGCUACGUAGCGGAAGAAUUCAGAAGCAGUCAGUUCAUAUUCACUGGAUUGAUCGCUGUGAUCUCAUUCAUUUCCCUUGGGAUCCAUUCACCAUCAAUAUUUCGCAACAAAUUUUAUGAAACAUUUCUCCACUCCCAUAUCCUUCUCGUCUGUCUUGCCCUAGGUGGGCUUUGGCAUCAUUUAGAGGAGCUUCCCGCACGGCGAUAUUUGUUCGCGGCAAUUGGUAUCUGGGCCAUACAGAGACUCGCCCGGUUUUUAUUGGUAAUAUGGAGGAAUUGUGCCCUAGCGAAAACCACGAGGGGCAUAGUGAAGGAGAUUCCAGGCGAAGCCUUUCAGAUCUCAGUGACAAUGGCACGCCCAUGGCACGUCCAGCCUGGCCAAUAUAUCUUCAUUUACAUUCCUUCCAUUGGAUUAUGGACGUCCCACCCGUUUACAAUUGCGUGGUAUGACCAAAACGAAUCAAGCCCAACGAAGGAAUCGUCGGAUAUCAACGUAUCUGAGAAAAGCAAAGAGAAUACAAUCCACCUUGCAGAUAUCAAUGUACCUCAGAAAAGCAAAGAGACUACAAUCCACCUUAUCGUCAAGCGGAGAACAGGUUUCACGGCAGCCCUUCACAGAAAGAUUCAAAAGACUGAGGUCCAUAUUGCCAAUGUAUCUCCGUUGCUUGAAGGGCCAUAUGGAGGAAAGCAAUAUUGUCUAGACACAUAUGGCACUGUAAUACUGUUUGCAGGAGGUGUCGGAAUCACCCAUCAGCUAUUAUAUGCUCGUCAUAUUCUCAAUGGCUUGGAAGAAGGCGUCCUUUUCGGCCGCCGACGCAUACAGUUGGUUUGGGCCAUCCGGAAUUUUGAGCACAUCGAGUGGGUUCGAAGUUGGUUAGAAUGUUUAUUCAGACUUGACAGGGCCAAGAACGCCUUUCAUGUGCAGAUCUUUAUCACAAGGGAUUAUAACGGUGCCAAUGAUACACUCAGCCUAGGCGGAAACCUCCGAUUAUUUUCGGGUCGUCCUGAUGUGGAUAGCAUACUCCGCUGUAAUGUUGACCAACAGGUCGGCCCUAUGGCAGUCACGUCGUGUGGACCAGGGACCAUGAGUGAUCAGGUCAGGAAGGCAUGUAUAGAUUACCAGUUCGACUGUAAUAUUGACUACUUUGAAGGAAACUAUUGUUGGUAG